AUGUCUCGCGUUCUACUGUAUCUUAGCCACAGACAGCCACCAAACCACAAGACAACAUCACACAAGCUCAGACAGUACCAUCUCCACCGCAGACAGCCACCUCACACCAAACCAUAUCCACCGCAGACAGCCAUCUCACACCACACCAUCUCCACCGCAGACAGCCAUCUCACACCACACCAUCACAUCCACCGCAGACAGCCACCUCACACUACACCAUCUCCACCGCAGACAGCCAUCUCCACCGCAGACAGCCAUCUCACACCACACCAUAUGCACCGCAGACAGCCACCUCACACUACACCAUCUCCACCGCAGACAGCCACCUCACACACCAUCUCCACCGCAGACAGCCAUCUCACACCUCACACCAUCUCCACCGCAGACAGCCACCUCACACCACACCAUCUCCACCGCAGACAGCCAUCUCACACCACACCAUCUCCACCGCAGACAGCCACCUCACACCCACUCACCAUCUCCACCACCGCAGACAGACAGCCACCUCACACCACACACCAUUUCCACCGCAGACAGCCAUCUCACACCACACCAUCUCCACCGCAGACAGCCACCUCACACCACACCAUCUCCACCGCAGACAGCCACCUCACACCACCCCAUCUCCACCGCAGACAGCCACCUCACACCACCCCAUCUCCACCGCAGACAGCCACCUCACACCACACCAUCUCCACCGCAGACAGCCAUCUCACACCACACCAUCUCCACGCACCCGCGCCCACCGGUCCCACCCCCAUCCACCUCACCACAGACAGUCACCUCACACCACACCAUCUCCACCGCAGACAGCCAUCUCACACCCUCCACACCACCCCAUCUCCACCGCCAGACAGCACCAUCUCCACCGCAGACAGCCACCUCACACCAUCUCCACCGCAGACAGCCAUCUCACACCACAUCACAUCACAUCAACUUCACCACUAUUAG